AUUCUGGUUCUUGUUCCAUGUGAAUUUCAGGAGGGUUAUAUCAUUAUAUCAACAUUUCUUUGAAUAGAAAAUGGACGGUGAUCUGAAAAAUCACGAGAUUUCUCAUUCACAUAUUGAUGAUGAUGAAUGCAAGACAGAGAUGGGGCUUGGCAACUAUGGCUGCUCGCAUUAUCGGAGGAGGUGCAAGAUCAUAGCACCUUGUUGCAAUGAAGUAUUUGAUUGCAGGCACUGUCACAAUGAAGCAAAGAAUUUGAUAGAUGUUGAUACACUUGAACGCCAUGAUAUCCCACGUCAUGAAGUAAAAAGGGUCAUCUGCUCAUUGUGUAAUACGGAACAAGAUGCUCAACAAAUAUGUAUUUCUUGUGGCGUUUGCUUGGGGAAGUACUAUUGCUCAAAAUGCAAAUUCUUCGAUGAUGAUGUUUCAAAGAAUCAGUAUCACUGCGAUAAAUGUGGAAUCUGCAGAACUGGUGGUGAAGAAAACUUUUUUCACUGUGAUAGAUGUGAGUGUUGCUACUCAAACUUGUUGAAAGAGUCACACUUAUGCAUAGAGAAAGCCAUGCAUCACAACUGCCCCAUUUGCUUCGAGUAUAUAUUUGAUACAACCAAAGACAUAACGGUCCUCCCCUGUGGCCACACAAUUCAUCUCGACUGUGUUAAAGAGAUGGAAACUCGUUUCCAGUAUGCUUGCCCAGUUUGCUUGAAAUCGUACUGUGACAUGACCCGCGUCUGGGAAAAGCUUGAUGAAGAGGUUGCUUUGACACCUAUGCCUCAAAUCUACCAAAAUAAAAUGGUGUGGAUCCUUUGCAAUGACUGUGGAGAAACAAGUGAGGUGAACUAUCACAUUGUGGCUCACAAAUGCUUGAACUGCAAGUCUUACAACACGAGUCAGACGAGAGGAGGCCACGCGUCCUGCUCGUCUGGAGUAUCCGAGAUGCUCGGAUGAUCAGCCUUCCCGUCUAUCGAUUGCAACCAACACGUUGUUGGUAGCUUGCAUUGCAGCUGGAAGAUCCAUUUAAUUUGUUCCUUCAUUCCUUGAUCAUUCCUUAUCUAAUCAUUCUACUUUGAUGCAUAAUUUCCAUGUACUACUUUUACUUAUUCUCAUCUAAUCAAUACAAGAGUUUACAUCU